UGCUUGCGUCACGCGCCGCACGUCGCCGCGCGCCUGCGCUCCUUUCCACGUGCGUAAACCCGGGACGCGUGGAGUCGAAAGAGCCUCAGAUUACUGAGUAGCGAACCUCUGUGCUCGCUAUGAAACCAGGUUUCAGCCCCCGAGGGGGCGGCUUCGGUGGCCGAGGGGGCUUUGGUGACCGUGGCGGUCGAGGCGGAGGCCGAGGGGGCUUCGGCGGAGGCCGAGGAGGCUUCGGCGGAGGCCGAGGCCGGGGCGGGGGCUUUCGGGGCCGAGGCCGAGGCGGCGGCGGCGGCGGAAGAGGUGGUGGGUUCCAGUCCGGGGGCAGCCGGGGUCGUGGUCGGGGAGGAAAAAAAGGAAACCAGUCGGGGAAGAAUGUGAUGGUGGAGCCCCAUCGGCAUGAGGGCGUCUUCAUCUGCCGGGGAAAGGAAGAUGCCCUGGUCACCAAGAAUCUGGUCCCUGGAGAAUCUGUUUAUGGAGAGAAGAGAGUUUCGAUUUCGGAGGGAGAUGACAAAAUCGAGUACCGUGCCUGGAACCCCUUCCGUUCUAAGCUGGCGGCAGCGAUCCUGGGCGGUGUAGACCAGAUCCACAUCAAGCCGGGGGCCAAGGUGCUCUACCUGGGGGCUGCCUCAGGCACCACCGUCUCCCACGUCUCUGACAUCGUGGGCCCGGACGGUCUGGUCUAUGCAGUUGAGUUCUCCCACCGUUCCGGCCGUGACCUCAUUAACCUGGCCAAGAAGAGGACCAACAUCAUUCCCGUCAUCGAAGAUGCUCGGCACCCGCACAAAUACCGCAUGCUCAUCGCGAUGGUGGAUGUGAUCUUUGCUGACGUGGCCCAGCCAGACCAGACUCGGAUUGUAGCCCUGAAUGCUCACACCUUCCUACGCAAUGGAGGACACUUUGUGAUCUCCAUUAAGGCCAACUGCAUUGACUCCACAGCCUCUGCUGAGGCCGUGUUUGCCUCUGAAGUGAAAAAGAUGCAGCAGGAGAACAUGAAGCCCCAGGAGCAGCUGACCCUAGAGCCGUACGAAAGAGACCACGCUGUGGUCGUGGGUGUGUACAGACCACCCCCCAAGGUGAAGAACUGAAGCCCAGUGCCAUCUGGAUCGCGAGAGACUGUGUUGCUACUGUUACACGCGUGUUUUUCUAUUAAAAGACUUAUGCGUCC